CAGAAGAUGGGCAGCGAGUGAAAGAAGCCUUGUAUGAACUCACGAUGCAGAGCUCGGUGCCCCUCGUGUUCGUUCGGCAAAACCAAGUCGGGGGUUACGACAACACUUUACAGGCGCUCAAGGAAGGAAAGCUUAAAAAGAUGCUCAAAGUGAAUGGCCAAGCAGGAGGACAUUCUUAUGACUACGAUCUGAUCGUCAUUGGAGGGGGCUCGGGUGGACUGGCUGCUUCCAAGGAAGCCGCCAAGCUUGGCAAGAAGGUGAUGGUGCUGGAUUUUGUUGCCCCUACUCCUUUGGGAACUAGAUGGGGUCUUGGAGGAACUUGUGUCAAUGUAGGCUGCAUCCCUAAAAAGCUGAUGCACCAGACAGCUUUGCUUGGACAAGCCAUAGCUGAUGCGCCCAAGUUUGGAUGGCAGGUGGCACCCAAAGUAAAUCACAGCUGGGAGACCAUGACGGAAGCGGUUCAGAAUUACAUUGGCUCACUGAACUGGGGCUACCUGGUAGCUCUCCGAGAUAAUAAAGUCACGUAUGAGAACGCUUAUGGAGAAUUCGUUGGGCCUCACAGGAUUAAGGCAACAAAUAACAAAGGGGUAGUGAAGUUUUACACAGCAGAGAGAUUUCUGAUUGCCACUGGAGAAAGGCCCCGUUAUCCAGGCAUCCCCGGAGACAAGAAAUAUUGCAUCACCAGUGAUGAUCUCUUCUCCCUGUAUUACUGCCCAGGAAAGACGUUGGUGAUUGGAGCUUCCUAUGUUGCCCUUGAGUGUGCGGGAUUUCUUGCAGGUCUUGGUUUAGAUGUGACUGUGAUGGUGCGCUCCAUUCUCCUAAGAGGCUUUGAUCAGGAUAUGGCAAACAAAAUAGGGGAGCACAUGGAAGAACAUGGUAUCAAGUUCAUAAAGAAAUGUGUGCCCACCAAGAUUGAACAGAUCAAGGAAGGAACAGGAACUCCUGGGAUACUAAAAGUUACAGCUCAUCAUACUGACAACGCAGAAAUUCUUGAAGGGGAAUACAACACAGUGUUGCUGGCCAUAGGGAGGGAUUCAUGCACCAGAAAAAUUGGCUUGGAGAGAAUCGGAGUGAAGAUCAAUGAGAAAACAGGAAAAAUCCCCGUCAAUGAUGAAGAGCAAACUAACGUGCCUUAUAUCUAUGCCAUCGGAGAUGUGUUGGAAGGCAAGCCGGAACUCACACCGGUGGCAAUUCAAGCGGGUAGGCUGUUGGUACGGAGACUUUACGGUGGAUCAACUGUAAAGUGUGACUAUGUGAAUGUUCCAACCACUGUGUUCUCCCCACUGGAAUAUGGAGCCUGUGGCUAUUCAGAAGAAAAAGCCAUCGAGAAAUUUGGAGCAGACAACAUUGAGGUUUAUCACAGUUAUUUCUGGCCCCUGGAGUGGACUGUCCCGUCCCGAGAUAACAAUAAAUGCUAUGCAAAAGUCAUUUGCCACAUUCCCGAAAAGGAACGUGUUAUUGGUUUUCAUGUGCUCGGUCCAAAUGCUGGAGAAAUCACCCAAGGAUUUGCAGCAGCCAUAAAAUGUGGAAUGACAAAAGAACUGUUGGACAGCACAAUAGGGAUCCAUCCAGUCUGUGCAGAGGUAUUUACCAGCUUGUCGGUGACAAAGCGCUCUGGUGGAGAUAUUCUUCAGUCUGGAUGCUGAGGUUAAGCCCCCCCACUGUUGUUGCUGUUGCUAA